CUUGGUCACACUAAUAGUCAUCCCAAGCCGCAUUGCUUCUGUGAAAGUGGAAAAAAUAGGAAAAAGUAAAUAAAUAUUGAUAAAAUAUUGUAAAAUCAGGAGAAAAGUCACAUACAGAAAUGGCGCGCAAAAAUGCCCAGGCCGAGGACCUCUCGAACGUAGAGUUCGAGACCAGCGAGGAUGUAGAGGUGAUUCCCACUUUCAAUGCCAUGAACCUCAAGGAAGAGCUGCUACGCGGCAUAUACGCGUACGGCUUUGAGAAACCCUCGGCCAUUCAGCAGCGGAGCAUCAAACCCAUUGUCAAGGGCCGGGAUGUGAUUGCCCAGGCGCAAUCCGGAACGGGAAAGACGGCCACGUUCUCCAUCUCCAUACUCCAGAGUCUGGACACUACACUGAGGGAAACGCAGGUGCUCUGUUUGUCACCCACACGCGAGUUGGCUGUGCAAAUCCAAAAAGUUAUUCUGGCCUUGGGGGACAUGAUGAACGUGCAAUGCCAUGUGUGCAUUGGCGGCACCAAUCUGGGCGAGGAUAUCCGCAAACUGGACUACGGUCAACACAUUGUGAGUGGAACACCCGGUCGAGUAUUCGACAUGAUCAAGCGACGAGUGCUGCGCACAAGAGCUAUUAAGAUGCUAGUUCUGGAUGAAGCGGACGAAAUGUUGAACAAAGGUUUUAAGGAACAGAUCUACGAUGUUUAUCGCUACCUGCCACCUGCCACACAGGUGGUUCUUAUCUCUGCCACAUUGCCCCACGAGAUUCUGGAAAUGACAUCCAAAUUCAUGACUGAUCCCAUUCGAAUUUUGGUCAAACGUGAUGAGUUGACUCUAGAAGGCAUCAAACAGUUCUUCGUGGCAGUGGAACGUGAGGAGUGGAAAUUCGAUACGCUGUGCGAUCUCUAUGAUACUUUAACUAUAACGCAGGCGGUCAUUUUCUGCAAUACCAAGCGCAAGGUGGACUGGUUAACGGAAAAGAUGCGUGAGGCUAACUUCACAGUGAGCUCCAUGCAUGGUGAUAUGCCGCAGAAAGAGCGUGACGAGAUCAUGAAGGAGUUCCGAGCCGGUCAAUCCCGGGUCCUCAUCACCACCGAUGUGUGGGCUCGAGGUAUUGAUGUACAGCAGGUAUCACUGGUUAUCAACUACGAUUUGCCCAACAAUCGUGAGCUGUAUAUCCAUCGUAUCGGUCGGUCGGGUCGCUUCGGACGCAAGGGUGUUGCAAUUAACUUUGUAAAGUCAGAUGACAUUCGUAUCUUGCGCGAUAUUGAACAGUACUACUCGACACAAAUCGACGAAAUGCCCAUGAACGUGGCUGACUUGAUCUAAACUUUACACUUCUUUCUAAUUUUCUGUAACUCACCUUACCUAGCAGUAAUAACGAACAACAUGAAGUAAAUACAUUUAAAGAGUAUUUGGCUAUCAAUAGACAACCAAAAUCUGUAUAAAAAUAAAUAACACAUAAGAAUUUAAUACAGAAA